AUGCUUCCUCUAGUGAAGCUGGUGCUUAUCUCCCUCAGUGUCGUGGCGUUUGGGGCGUUUGCGUGGCCCGUUGCCAACGGAACCGGCACCAUGCUCGGCGGCUUCCGCCAGGUGGACGACAGCGCCAACAGCGCGGCGGUGGAGGCGGCCAAGGGCGUGGCGGUGGCAAAGCUGGGGGUGCCUGCCGAUGCGGUCAAGGUUCUGGCGGCUGAGACGCAGGUGGUGGCAGGCACCAACUACAAGCUCAAGCUGCGGGUGGAGGGCGGCGGCGGCACCAAGUAUUACGAGGCCAAGAUCUGGGAGAAGCUGCCGGCCUAUGGCGGGGCCAUGGAGCUGACGAGCCUGGAGGAGAUCAGCGCUGCCCAGGCCGGCGGCGCCGCCGCCGCCGCCGCGGACGAGUUCCCCGACAAUCCCGAGGUGGAUGAGGUGGCGGCCUAUGCCGUGCUGAGCGCCAAGGUGCAGCGCGGCGCGGCGGGCGGCGUGACGCACCACCUCAAGCUGCAGCUCAGCCACGGCACCAUGCCAGACCAAGUGUACCAGGUGGAGGUGGCCAACCCAGGUGGCAGCUACGUGCUGCAGAACAGCCAGCAGCUCAAGGCGGAGUGA